AAGUAACCAAGAGAGAAUCAGCCAGAUUGGAAAUCCUUUGUUUGAGCGUUAGGUGACCAAGAUGAGCUCGAAUGAUGUUCUUGCGCUCCUUCCAGGUAGAGUACACUGAGGCUUGGUAAAGAAGUCGAAGAAUCCUAAGUAAUGUUUGUAUCCCUACAUGGAUUCUUCAACCAUCUGACUCCAACUUCAAAGGUAGAAGGAGGAGAAAGAUGGACUUUACCAGUGAAAUGAUGCCAAACCUCUUUUGCAUAGGAGCAAUCAAAAAACAAGUGUUGCCGAAAUUCAUCCACACAGUUACAAAGAAGACAGGUAGAUGGAACCGUAAAGCCCCAUCGAACCAACCGAUCUCGUGUAAGAAGCCUAUAUCGAGAGUUGAGCCAAGCUAGUUUUGUUAAAACUGAUUAGGCAGGGGUCUUAUCUGAGCACAAUCAGCUAAAGUUUUGUUAAAAAUCGUUGCUAAAUUUAGGUGUUUUAGAUACUCUUAGGAUCGAUAGUGUGUCAUCAUCUUAUUGGCUUGGGAAAAAAAAACAAACAAAUUCUUUUAUUUCGGUUCCUGUUACGCUCUCUCUCUCUUUUUCUCUUUCCCUCUCUCAACCGUGACAAACGAACGGCGAAAGGCCGGAGACCGUCGAAUUUAGAGGAGAAACGGUGGGAAACUCGUCUAUCACCGUCUCUAUCAUAAUCUCCACCGACGGUGGCACUACGGCGAGUUUGGUUCAUCAAUUCAGAAGUUCACCAAAUCGGAGAUUCAAGUUGGCCAAAUCUCCGAUUGUUUGGUUCAAGAAUCUCUCUGUAUCUCUUGAUGGGAAGCUUCUAAGGUGAGAAAUCGGAGGAGCGAAAUUGUGAGAGAUGGAUGAUAGAGAAGGCUCGUUCGUAGCUGUCAGGACGAUUUCUCUGGGUCUCGAACGACGAACCGUUUACAAUCCAUCAUCUCUAACUGAGGCUGUGCCAUCAACAGCUUGGUUAGGCAGGGGGUCUAUCCUGUGUCUGUGCUCAGAGAAGAGAUAGUGACGCAAAUUCCACGUUUGAUCUCUAACACCUGCUCAGGAGGAAUGCUUGCAAAGUUUGCAGAGCCGCAUUGACGUAGGCUAAUGAUAGUACUAUACCCCUCUGCAUCAGACUUGCUCGUAUACCUCAACCUCACAGAUGCUUCAAAAUUGUGCUGUUUUGUGAAUUAUAUUUGCAAAGGUUCUUACACAAAUUUUCCUAUUAAAAAAAGGGUCAGCAAAAAAGACAAGAAAGAAAAACAGAUAAGCGUUACGAUUAAAAACCCUACCUCUUGUGCCACCUUAUCAAACCAAAAAAAACAAACUUCAACGGCAAGCUCCUCCUCUGAAGGCUCUCCAAGAAAACUAGUUCAAGCUAUCUUUACCACCUUCAGUGUUUAGUUGGAUAAAAUCUGUCGCGAUGUCCAAGAACAAGGGCUUAGCUGAACAAGAUCUAGGUAAACUUGAUGUCACUCAGCUACAUCCUCUCUCUCCUGAGGUCAUUUCUCGCCAAGCCACCAUUAACAUUGGAACCAUUGGCCAUGUCGCUCACGGGAAAUCGACAAUUGUGAAAGCUAUUUCCGGUGUGCACACUGUCAAAUUUAAGAGUGAAUUGGAGCGUAACAUUACCAUUAAACUUGGUUAUGCAAAUGCCAAGAUUUACAAAUGUGACAAGUGCCCUAGACCAGUGUGCUACAGGUCUUUUGGAAGUGGGAAAGAAGACACCCCAACUUGUGAUGUCCCUGAUCACGAGAAGUGCGAGAUGAAACUACUGAGGCAUGUCUCAUUUGUUGAUUGCCCGGGACACGAUAUUCUGAUGGCGACAAUGUUGAAUGGAGCAGCGAUCAUGGAUGGUGCUCUACUCAUCAUUGCUGCUAACGAGACCUGUCCGCAACCACAAACUGCUGAACAUCUUGAAUCUGUUGGUAUGAUGAACCUUAAAGAUAUCAUAAUCAUUCAGAACAAGAUUGAUCUCAUCCAAGAAAUCGAGGCUGGGAAACAAAACGAUGACAUUAAGAGAUUUAUAACGAACACAAAUGCGGAAGGUGCACCUGUAGUUCCAGUCUCAGCACAACUGAAAUACAACAUCGAUGUUUUGUGCGAGUACAUUAUCAAGAAGAUUCCAAUCCCUAAGAGGGAUUUUGUGUCACCUCCUAGAAUGAUUGUGAUUCGUUCGUUUGAUGUCAACAAACCUGGCUCUGAGAACGAUGAUAUGAAAGGUGGAGUCGCUGGUGGAAGUAUCCUCCAGGGCGUUUUGAAAGUGGGGCAUGUAAUAGAGAUUAGACCUGGAAUCACUGGCAAAGAUGAGCAUGGAAACACUAGAUGCAGUCCCAUUUACACUCGUAUAACUUCAUUGUACGCGGAACAGAACGAGCUUCAGUUUGCUGUCCCUGGAGGUCUAAUUGGAAUAGGAACGAGCAUGGACCCUACGCUUACGCGUGGUGAUAGGUUGGUUGGUCAAGUCCUUGGUGAGAUCGGUACUCUACCUGAUGUCUAUGCCGAGCUUGAGGUGAGAUUCGAGCUUCUGGCACGUCUCAUUGGAGUGAAGACUAAGGAAACAGAGAAUCAAAUGAGAGUGUCAAAGCUAAGCAAGGGAGAGGUACUGAUGUUGAACAUUGGAUCGAUGUCUACUGGAGCUGUGGUUAUCAGAGUAAAGAAAGUUAAGAUGAUGAAAGUGAAACUGACGCUCCCUGUAUGCACCAACAUAGGAGAGAAAGUGGCUAUAAGUCGUCGUGUUGAUAGGCAUUGGCGUUUGAUCGGUCGUGGUCAGAUUGAGGCUGGAACCACCAUUCCCAUCCCUCCUACUCCGUCUUUUCCAUGAUUAUAAUUGCAAUGCACAAACCAAACUUGCUUGUUGUCUCAUUAUCUUCGGAACUAUCUUUAGACUGAUCAGUUGCAUCAUUUUAUGUUGUUAGAUAUUUUUGUUAUAAAUACAAUUUUCAUAGUCUUUGGAUUUUA